ACAACAAAAAAAAACAGUAGUAACAAAUUGGAGUGGUGUUUUUUGAAAAUAAAAAAAAUCAAGAUUUUGCAUUGCGGAUUGACUAAAUGAUGGCAUUAUGGUGUAAGGAUAACAAUGUUUAUUUUUUUUUUAUAAUCUUCAUUUUCUAGCAUGAAAAAGGUAUAUAACUGUGAAAACACUCUAAAGAGAUGAUAUCACUUUAUAUAUAUAAAAAAAAAUUCUCUAUGUAAAAAAAAAAUAUUUCAAAAAAAAAUUGCAGAAGAGAAGAUUGAAAGAAAAAGAAAACAUUAAAUAAAAUCACGUUAAAAAACACAAAAAAAUCAUCAAUGAUUUAUUUGGAAAUAUUUAGGAAGAUUUAAAAUAUUUCCAAGUAAUUUAUUGUAAACAAAAAAAAAGACGAUUAGGGUGGAUUAUUGCAAUAUUUAAGGGGAUGAUUGUGAUUGAAAUAUUGCAAUUUCUAACCGUGCAAACGAAUAAAUUAACUACAAACAUCCCUUGAAGGCUAAUUUAAACAUGGGUAUUUCGAAUUGCAUCCCGUUGUACAGGGAGUUUCGGCUUAAGUGAAAACGAAUUGAGAGAAUUUGAGAUGCAUUGCCUACUAUUGGGAGGAGCUCAUUUAUAAAAUAAUUCUUGAAAUGCCACUGAAUGGGUGCAAACACAAGUAGAGUUUAAUUCUUCACACAGAAAAAAAUAAUUAGUAAAAAUGUUUACUUUUUUUGUCUAUCUAUCGGCGCAGAAAUCCUCUUCGAAAGAUGUUCGAAAUUAUUUCGAAAAAUUGACGAGCAUUUUUGUACUUUUACAAACAUUUGUUCGUAAAUAUUCGUAAACACACAAAAAAUGUUCGUAAAAUUUUGUCAUUUGUUCGUAAAUUUUUGUUUACCUAACGAUCAUUUUACGAAUAUUUACGAACAAAUGACAAAAUUUUACAAACAUUUUUUUGUGUGUUUACGAACAUUUACGAGCAAAUGUUUGCAAAAGUACAAAAAAUGCUCGUCAAGUGAUCAUGUUCAUUUGUGAACAACAAUGUUAGUGAAAAAGUACAAACUUUUACGAACUUGUUUGUACUAGUACUCCCUGUACUAAUGCACCGGUGAGUCUUGGAAAGUUUCCCAUUGUGAUGAGUUUCUGAGAUAAAAUCUCUUUGAAAGGGUGUCACGAGUGUCUCAACUAACAUAAAGUCUAGCAUAUUUCCUAUUUCAUUUCGAAACGGUGUAGAUUUUUAUUUUGAAAAGAAGACUUUUUCGAAAUAAUUUCGAACAUCUUUCGAGGAGGAUUUCUGCGCCGGAAGAUAGGCAAAAUUUUGCUGGGAUACAGCUCAAUGAAGAGUUUGUUUUUUGAAUGUCGAAGGGAAAAUUUUAAAUCGAAAUACCUCCAUUUAAAUGGGCCUUUAAUGUCAAGUUAUUAUUUUUUUCACGAAAGGAAAAAUAAUUUCCUAGCUAGAACAAUUGGUGUUUUAUUCACUAAUAAAAAUAUUAAUCAAUUUAUAAAUUCAUUCUCAGAAAGCACAGUAAUUUUUGAAAAUAGAGCAUUUAACUAUGGCAUAAAACCAAAAAAAAAGUUUUAAAGUUGCAUGCAAUUCACAUUAAAAAAAAUGUUAUUGCUUGCAACUUUAUCUGACAAAAAUUCGUGUUUCAUGCAAUCAACUUCUAAAUGUUUUAUCAGAAACAAAAUUUGCUGGUAAAAAAAAUCCUCAUUUAAAUAGAAUUGUAGUGAUUGGAAUUUCCUAAAAAGCUCAAGAGAUUUGUUACUCUCAAAGUCAAAGAGGAAAAGUUUAAUAAAUCUCUUGAGAUAUCCAGGAGGUUUCACUCAAGUAACUUUCACAAAACUCAAUUUAUGCUUCAUAAAGUAUUUGGGUUCUUCUAACCUCAUUUUCAAUCUAUUAAUAGUCUUCCAGAAGUCCAAUUUUAAAAUAUUACUUUACAGCAUUAUUUUUAACCAACAAAGAAAAAAAAAAGAAAAUAAAAUCACACUUUUGAAAAUGAAGCAUAAAUGGGAUUGUGAAAAAUCACAAAAUCAAUUUUUAUCGAUUGAUGGGAAAAGAGAGGGAUAUGUUGCAAGAUUUUUCGAUAUUAAUAAGGAAUUUUUAUAUUCAAUGCAUAAAGAAAAUGCAAAAUAUUAUUUCAGUGGUUUUCUGUGGUGUGUGUCUAAAAUGAAACAGGCAAGAGUACAGUAAGAAAAAAGAGAAGAAGAAAAAAAAAGGAUAAUGGAAUUGUAGCGUGAGAUCGAUGAAAAUGACUUUGUGAGAAAAGUGCACCUUUAAGACUCGUAUGCAAUUUUAAUAAAUUUUAAUGUAUCUCGUAAUAUUCUGGAAAUAAGCCUGAGAGAUGGUUAACUUUAUCUGACUAACUUGCAAUAAUUUGGGACUGAUUAGAGAGGAAAAUCCAUGGAUAGUUUUAUCACAGAGAAUUUCGAUGUCUUGUAAAAAUAUUAAUAGUCAUUUUUAGAGAGAUUUGAAAAUAAAAAAAAAUGAAUUCAUACACUGGAUGUUAUGAGACGAGGAAUUUAAUAAAAGUGCACCCGUUUUAAAGUGGCAAAAGAAUGUGUUUAUUUUCGACCCUUUUCCAUAUAAAUGUCUAUUUUCAGCAUUUUCAGGUGAUGAAAAGCGCAAACGGGGAAUCAAAUGACAAUUAUUGCAGAACCUGGUCAGAAAAAUACGCGCAGUGUGAAAGUUUGAAAAUGGAUCGGGUGGGAUGUGUCAUAGAUGGCGCUAGCAAAACAAAAUUAAGAAUGAUGACAAAAGAAUGACGUCAGUGUGUCGGAUGCUAUUCUUCGUCCUGGUAUCAGCUGCUGUAUUCCUACAUACAUCACAUUGUGGUCCUGCUAGGUCAAUUGGUCUGAUGGCUGCUAGAGCCGCUAAAAUUCCACGGUCAAUCCGGGCUCCCUUUCGAAAUACAGAAAUGAUGACUGCACGUGGCUUUGGCAAAAGAGCCCAAAUGAUAAAAAUUAAAGAUGACUCCGCUCCAUGGAAUUACGGCAAGAGAGAAACACACUUCCUGGAUGAAAUGACACCAGAAAAUACUGAUCCAUUUGAGCAAAUUGUCUCUGAUAAUUCCAUUGAAAGCUUUCCCAUAGAUUGGUUCGUCAAUGAGUUGGUGAAUAAUCCCAUUCUGGCUAAAUCAAUUCUGAGGCGCUUUGUGGACACAGACAAGGAUGGAAUUCUAACAGCUCACGAACUCCUGGCAGGUGCAACAGUGCCACCUCAUCAAUUAGACAGCAACGUGUAUUGAGACCCAGCGACGUGGAUGAGUUCGUCAUCCCCCAUCAUCCACCCUUGGAAAAUCUAAAAGAGUUUUCUUUCUACUAAACCAAAUGUAAAUGUAUAAAAGAGUCGUAUUGAAAACAAAUUAAACUCUUCGUUGGAAAUAAAUUAAAAGUCUAUUAGCAAUACAAUAUGUUAGUUAAAUAAUCACUACAGUUAGCUAAUGAGAUAAAAUUGUUAAACACAAUUUUAAUGCGAUUAUCUACAAAUAAUUGCACCACAUCCACACAAUCUUUCUGUGAAAUUCUCGUGCAAACAACCAUAUAUUUCAAUUUUUCAAAUGAAGAGUUGUGAAGUAUUUUCACAAGUGCAACGUUCAUGGCUGGAGGAUGUUGUACUAAGGGAAAUAAUCGUCAUUUUGUGCGGGAAGAAAGGUACUUUGAAGCCAUCGGGAGAAAAUUAAACUUUGUUGAUAUAUACAUCAAAUAUAAUUAUAAAUAAAAAUAUAUAGUUUGGCAAAUAAACACGAAAAUGUUUAGCCCUAA